AUGGCAACCGCCGUCAAGAAUCCUUCUAAUGCUACUUUUAAAAGUAAAGAAAAGCCUCAAGAAGUCCGUAAGGCUAAUAUCAUUGCUGCCCGUGCUGUAGCAGAUGCCAUUCGUACUUCUCUAGGACCAAAAGGUAUGGAUAAGAUGAUCAAAACUUCACGUGGUGAAGUUAUCAUUUCUAAUGAUGGUCAUACUAUUUUGAAACAAAUGGCUAUUUUACAUCCAGUUGCUAAAAUGUUAGUUGAAGUUUCUGCUGCUCAAGAUGCAGAAGCUGGUGAUGGUACUACUUCUGUUGUUAUCUUAACUGGUGCCUUGUUGGGUGCUGCAGAAAGACUUUUGAAUAAAGGUAUUCAUCCUACUAUAAUUGCAGAAUCUUUUCAAAGGGCUUCGAAAAGAGCUGUUGAAAUUUUAUUACAAAUGUCACAUAAGAUUUCAUUAAGUGAUAGAGAUGCAUUGAUUCGUGCUGCAACAACCUCUUUAAGUUCCAAGAUUGUAUCCCAAUACUCUACCUGCUUAGCUCCAUUGGCCGUUGAUACAGUUUUAAGCAUUACCUCUGAGGAAUCGAAAAAUGUGGAUUUAAAUGAUAUCAGGUUGAUUAAAAAGGUUGGUGGUACAAUUGAUGAUACUGAAAUGAUAGAUGGUGUUGUGCUGACACAGAAUGUCGUUAAAACAGCUGGUGGGCCAACUAGAAUGGAAAAAGCCAGGGUAGGUUUAAUUCAAUUUCAAAUAUCUCCUCCAAAACCAGACACUGAAAAUAAUAUUGUUGUAAGUGAUUAUAGACAAAUGGACAAAAUUUUAAAAGAAGAAAGAGCUUAUUUAUUAAACAUCUGUAAGAAGAUUAAAAAGGUGAAAUGUAACGUUUUGUUAAUUCAAAAGUCUAUCCUAAGAGAUGCUGUUAAUGAUUUAGCAUUACAUUUCUUAUCCAAGUUGAAUAUUAUGGUGGUUAAAGAUAUUGAAAGAGAAGAAAUUGACUUCUUAUCAAAAAGUUUAGGGUGCAAGCCUAUCGCGGAUGUCGAACUUUUCACAGAAGAUAGGUUGGGUACUGUUGAUUUGGUUGAAGAAAUUGAGAGCGAUGGAUCUAAUAUUGUUAAAUUAACUGGUAUCAAAAAUAAUAAUGCUAAGCCAACUGUCUCUGUAGUUAUCCGUGGUGCAAACCGUCUAAUUUUAGAUGAAACAGAGCGUUCUUUACAUGAUGCUUUAUGUGUCAUCCGCUGUCUAGUUAAGGAACGCGGUUUAAUUGCUGGUGGUGGUGCUCCUGAAAUCGAAGUUUCUCGUAUAUUAACUGCAGAAUCCCGUAAAAUGGAAGGUGUUGAAGCUUUUAUCUGGCAAGAAUUUGCUCAGGCAUUAGAAGUUAUACCUACUACUCUAGCCGAAAAUGCUGGCUUGAAUAGUAUUAAGGUUGUAACUGAAUUACGUUCUAAGCAUGCAUCUGGUGAAGUAAACGAUGGUAUUUCAGUUAGACGUUCUGGUACUACAAAUACUUUCGAGGAGCAUAUUCUACAGCCUGUGCUAGUUAGUACAAGUGCCGUUACUCUUGCAUCUGAAUGCGUUAAGUCUAUUCUACGUAUUGAUGAUAUUACUUUUAGCCGUUAA